AUGUACGAGAACUGGCCUCUUCUUCGAACCCCAACAUUACUUCUGGGAGACUUUCUCAAAACCGCUUUCUCCAAUUCGAAUGGAGGUAGGAAAUUUCGAAUUCUUGAGAUCGGGGCCGGAACUGGCGGUACGACGAAGCACAUCAUCAAGUACCUCAGAAGUCACGGCAUUCCCUUCGAGUAUGUCUUGAUCGAUAUAUCGACGUCGCUAGUUUCCGCUGCGAAGAAGAAGUUCAAGGAAAUGUCCGAGGUUUUGGAUAUCGAGAAAGCCCCAAAAUGGGAGUAUGAGAACGCAUUCCACAUGAUCAUUGCCACGAAUUGUAUUCAUGCGAUAGGAAGCUUGAACCAGUCGCUAGUGACCCUCAACAAAAUGAUCCGCGAGGAUGGUGCCGUUGUUCUUGUUGAAAUCACACGAAACAUGUUCUGGCUUGAUAUUGUUGUUGGAUUGUUCGAGGGGUGGUGGCUAUUUGAGGAUAAUCGCACGCAUGCUUUGGUGAAUGAGAACAUUGGGAAAAGGAGAUGA